CAUCUCAAUCCAACCCAACCAUGCACUCCCCAAUAGAUAGACACAAGACAAGAAUCUAGUCACUCAAAAACAUUGUCGCAUAGAACAAUUUCCUCGACACAUACUAUCUUACGUACAACCGAGUUUUCAAAAUUAUAUAUAAUCGUUAAUUAUUGCCAUAACACAACCCAAAGAAGCAGAGAAACUCACUCACUCCUCUGGAGUUCUGAUUUUGAAAAGAGUGGAACCCCAGUUGGAUUUUGUCAUUUUUCUCCCUCACGACAGGACAAGGGAAUUAAAGGUUUGAAAGCUGAAUCAGAGAAAUAAUGAUGAUUGCAUCUUCUCUUAUGUCCUUUCAAAUUCAACAAUCUGUAAUUUUCAUUGACAGCUUCUACCUCUCUGGAUAUAUGGAGCCACUCGGUGCAGAGGAAUGUCACAGCAGUGAAUCUGGAUGGACCAUGUAUAUUGGGUCUCCGGUAGAUGAUAAUGAUGAUGGUGACAACCACAAAAGCGACGACGAUGAACACUGUACUCAAGCUCGUCCACAAGAUGAUUAUGAUGAUGCAAGUGAUGAUUCAAUGGCUUCUGACGCGUCUUCUGGGCCAAGUCAUCAUGGCUUUGCGGAUUUGAAAAGAGGUGGUGAAGAGGAAUACGAUGGAAAAAACAAGUAUUGCUUAGAGAAGAAAGCAAAUAAGAGACAAGAGAAGCUAAUGAUGGAAGGAAAGAAGGUGUUGGAAAAGAAAGGGAAGGUAGUCGUUGAUAGCAAAGGUAAGUCUCAAGUUCAGGAGGUGAGGAAAAAAUGCUGUGAGGGGGGGAAAAGGAAAUAAUAGGUAGGUGCAUGUAUUUCCCUCAUUAAUUUCUUGCUUAGGUUUUCUUUUGAGCUAAAUAAUAUAUAGCUGCAAUUACCGUGUAGUGAUUUCAUUUCCUGAGAUGUUGUGGUGGUGAAAAUUUUGGAAAUAUGUCAUGCCUAUGCUAGCUACAGCAUGCAAAGGAUUAAAGGUAUGGUUGUAUAUCUGGUUAUUUCUAAAAUAUAUGUUGUUCAGAUAUAUACAAGUUGUUACUGUUUGUAUGA